UUUAUUUUUCCUUUGCGGCAAAGUCCAAUGUUGACGUUGAAUUUUGAAAAUGAGUGUUCGCAGAGUGAUAUGCAAACAAAUUAAACAGACAUUCCCUAAUAAUGCUUUACAAACGUAUUGUAAAAUACAAACAAUUACAAACACCAGACAUUUAGCAAGCACAACGACAUCAAAUAAUAAAAAGAGAAAUGUAUUUAGAGUUUUAGAUGGAACUAUUUCACAAACUAGCGCGGUUAACAUCAACAAUGCAAAUUUUGAAAAGCUGUCAAUGUUGCACAAACAAUUUGCUAAAAUUUCCUCUGCUGGAGGCGGUGAAAAGGCAAUAGAACGUCAUACCAUUAAACAAAAGAAAAUGUUGGUUACAGAAAGACUGACACAUCUCCUAGAUGAUGAUGCUGACUUUUUAGAGUUGUCCAUGUUUGCAGGGUUGCAAAUGGAAUAUGGAGAUAUUCCUAGGGCAGGCAUUAUAACAGGAAUUGGUAAAGUUCAUGGUAAAUGGUGUUUAGUGGUAGCCAAUGAUGCUACAGUUAAAGGUGGAACAGUAUAUCCAAUUACAUUACAGAAACAACUGAGGGCACAAGAAAUAGCAGAACAGAACCAUCUACCUACCGUUUAUGUGAUAGAAUCUGGAGGUGCAUUUCUUCCUUUACAGUCUCAGAUAUUCAAUGAUGGUGGACGGACAUUUUAUAAUGAAGCUGUGAUGUCUUCCCAGGGAAUUCCACAGAUAACUAUAGUAUGUGGAAACUGUACUGCAGGAGGGGCUUAUGUCCCAACCAUGGCAGAUGAAGCAGUUAUGAUACACAAGAAAGGAUACAUUUUCCUUGGUGGACCACCAUUAGUGCAGGCAGCAACAGGGGAAAUAGUCUCUGCUGAGGAUCUAGGGGGAGCAACUCUUCAUUGUAGUGUGAGUGGUUGUACAGAUUAUUUUGCUGAAGACGAGGCUGAAGCUUUAGAACUAGGCCGAGAUAUUAUAGCUACGUUAAAUAUUACAAUGAAUGAAAAUACAACAACUACAUCAGAGGAACCUUUGUAUGACCCUGAAGAAUUACCAGCACUUGUAUCUACAGACAAUCAAAUGGAUAUCUAUAAGGUCAUUUCAAGAAUUACAGAUGGCAGUAGAUUCCAUGAAUUCAAAACAAAGUUUGGUGAUACUUUAGUCACUGGAUUUGCACAUGUACAUGGACAACUUGUGGGAAUUGUAGCCAGCAAUGGUGAGCUGACGGAGCCUGCAGCAGAUAAAGGAGCACACUUUGUACAGAUGUGUGGAGAAAGGUCUAUUCCACUGUUAUUUCUACAGAAUACUGUCUGGGAAGAUAGCACUGUAACUAAUGGUUUAAAGAAUGGUGACAAAUUAAGAGCACAAGCAAAGAUGAUGUCAGUUGUUAGUACCAGUCCAGUACCAAGGAUUACAUUUAUUGUUGGAAAUGGUGUGGGACCAGUUAGUUAUAUUAUGGGAGGUAAAGCUGUCAGUCCUCAUUUUCUAUUCUGUUGGCCAAAUGCUGUGAUAGGCUUAACAGAACCUCAGGUUGUAGCUCAGGAAAUUUGUGCAAGUAAAGAGUCUUUAAGCUCUGAAGACCAAGCCAAAAUAUUAGAAAAGUGUAAUAAAGAAUCUACAGCAUUUUAUGGAGCAUCCAGAAUGUGGAAUGAUGGAAUAGUACUGCCACAAGAUACACGACAGGUUUUACGGCAGUGUCUAAGUAUAACAAGAGCCUACAGGCAACCACAACCUGUCCAAGCACCUGUGAUAAGAAUGUAGUCUAUUUAUAUCUAUAAUAUAUUUUUAUAUUCAUUAA